AUUAGACAAGGGAGGAGAACCCGGAAGUGUGACACAAAUGUGUUCACGUUUUAUUGAUUUUCUAAGUGAAAAUAUGUUAAUACAUUCUCUACAGACAAUCAGCCUGGUCCUUCAGGUGUGGCAGUGCUGCUGUGGUGAUGACCUUUGGAAUGUCAGCUAUUGUGAGAGAAGUUAGCCAAGCGCCAGUGUUACUUCUUGAUCGAGCAACAAGAUUCUUCCACAACAAAGAUCCCCCACCUGGUGAUGUGGGGAUGGAGCAGCCACCUGAACACAAGAUGAGCUCAGAGGGGGUGGAAGGCAGACCAGCCCCACCCACGUCUCUGCCUCUGCAGGGGGACGGGGGCGGUGUGGUCUCUCAAAGGAAAAAACUCUCAGCCCCUCGUAUCAGCCUCUCGCUGGACCAAAGCGAAGAUGACCUUUUCGACACACCUGAUGACCUGGACAUUAAUGUGGAUGAUCUGGACACACCAGAUGAAGCUGACUUUCUAGACUAUACUGACCAUGAGAUGGAUUGGGAAGAGCCUAAGGCACCCCAAAGAGCAUCAGUGAAGGAGGCGUGUGAACCAAUCCCUACAUGUAGUGCUGAAGAGGAGCGGCAGGAGUCCAAACUCUGGAGGACGGUCAUCAUUGGUGAACAAGAGCACCGAAUCAACAUGAAGUGUAUCGAACCUUACCAAAAAGUCAUCUCCCAUGGAGGCUACUAUGGGAAUGGUGUGAACGCCAUCAUUGUGUUUGCUGCUUGCUUCCUUCCGGACAGUGAUAGAGAGGACUACCAUGAAAUAAUGGAGAACCUCUUUCUGUAUGUGAUCAGCACACUGGAACUGAUGGUGGCAGAGGACUACAUGAUUGUUUACCUGAAUGGAGCAACUCCUCACCGUAGGAUGCCUGGCCUCGGUUGGCUUAAGAAGUGUUACCAGAUGAUUGACAGGAGGCUAAGGAAGAACCUGAAAUCCUUCAUUAUUGUUCACCCUUCCUGGUUUAUCAGAACUGUUCUAGCCAUCACUAGACCCUUUAUCAGUUCUAAGUUCAGUAGCAAGAUUAGAUAUGUGAACAGUUUAGCAGAGCUGGAAGACCUUAUCCCUAUGGACUAUGUCCAUAUUCCUGAAAGCAUCAUCAAACUUGAUGAGGAGUUACAAGAAGCAGCAGAGAACUCCAAAAUCAACAGCUUUCUCCAAGGACCCGAGGUGCCACCAGAAGAACCUAUAGCUCAACCCGGUGUAAGCAGUUCUGAAGCCUAGGUAGCAAUGGAGAAAUGCAUGGCCUGUAUGUGUGUAACAGGUCACGUGGAAUAUUUGACGCUGGGUUCUACACACCUGAUGUGCUCUUGCUUUAAUCUCUCCUGGCACUUGGAUCCAUACACCACCAACACAGAGUUAUCACAUAUCAGCUCUGUGGAAAUUACUGCUCCUCUCACAGUAUAACUAGUGUAGACCAGUACAACCCUUAAACCACCAUAAACAGCAUUUCCUCAGCUGGACCAAGGAUUUCACUAAUGUUCUUAUUUGUAUGUUCUGGCAAUACAUUUUCUUGUAGUUCGUUGAGGUAUGCAUGAGAAGCAUUCAAGCAAUAAUGUAUAUGUCACUAAGGCACAUAAUGUAUCAUGUAGACUUGCAAGUCUUCUUAAAAUAAUUAGCUAGAUUGGUAGCGUAUGGACAACACCUCCAGUUGAGCAAUUCUGUAUUGAUUUAUGUAUGAUCACUCAGUUUUGAACUCUUAUCAUCAGGUACUACAUAGGAUUCCUUUUAGUCUAAAACAACUUUCCAUGCUACCUAUAUCAUAUAUGGUUAUCACAGAACUGCACGUUUUAGUAGCAAUUUAUGUUCUAAAGUGCAGGUGUCAUUUUGCCAUGCAUAUUUUAAAAGUUUGACAAAAGACAAGGUAGUUACUAGGGCUGGGACCACUUAUCGAUGUAUCAAUAAUUCAGUCCCUCCAACAAAAAAACAUGCAUUCAUCAUUCCACCCUUUUUUGAAUUUCUGUUCUAUGGGUUAUUUUGUUUCCUGUUUUACUUUGUAAAACAUUUUACAUUAAAAAGCCAAACUAUUGUUAUGUUUUAUUGACCCAUAUCAAACAAUGCUCUACCGUGCUUAUAUAAUUUUUACGAAAAAAUGUCAUGUAUACUGUUUUGUUGCAUGGGCUCAGUUAUGGUGACAAAAAGGUGACAAAGUUAUCAUUUUUCUUUUAGCCAACACUGGUUAACAGCCCAUUCUGUUCAAUAAACAGCAUGGGGAGAUCCACCAGCUCAGACAAGACCUGUGUGUGUGUGGUGGAGCUUGAGGCUCUGCAUCAGCUUAGAGCUCGGAGCAUUAAAUGAGCAAAUAAACUGCAGCAAAUUACAACAAUGUUAAUGUGUACAUUUUUUAAUAACUUGUGUGUUUUUCAUUUAUUAUACUCUGGUCAGUGUGAAAAGAUGUUUAAAAAUCAGUUGUCAUAAUUUUUUUCCAAAAUGAUUAAUUUGCAUAUUGUCCCAGCCCUAUUGGUUCCAAAUGCAGGCACUGUUUAUAAAUAACCUGGUCUUAUGCCAUGAGUAAUCUGUUUCUCAAAAUGAGCCAGAAGCAGUGAGUGGGUUUUUAAAACCUAGAAGCAUCUAUCUUACUUCAGGUCACAGUGUUUGCCAUGUGUAGUGAUCAGAAUAAUCGCACCAGUCAAGUGGUCUGUCAAAUUGGAGAGCAUGCAGCUUCAGGGGUUUGUCAAGUCAGUCAGCGUAGCUCCUAUGUCCAUUUUUUAACACCUGUUUGUACAUUUGUGUACCUGUGUGUGCGUGUGUGAAUGAAUGUUUUGUAGAUCAGAUUGUAAUUGAGUGUGUUUGUGUGGCAGUCUUAUUUGUAUGCCAUUAGGUUCUCAUAAAGUUCUUAUAGGUGGAACGCAAAAAAGCUGCAAAGCACAAUAUCCACAACCUCUGUACGUGUGCAUAUGUUGCGUGUGUGAGUGCACGCAUGUCACUGCAUGUCUCCUAGUUGUUAAUACAUAGUCAUUCAGAAUCAAAAAAUAUUAAAUAGAUGGGUAUCUUUGACCCAGAGGCCUUCUCAGAUUAUAUUAAGAUGUUGUAAAAUAAUGCAGAACACAUCAAUAAAUUUACCUCAAACCUUA